GUGUAUUUCCACUUCCGAACGCAAAACUCGCUUUAGUCACCUUUAGUGGACGACGUUUUUAAGGUCACAUAUUCUUACAGAUCGAAUAGGGUCGGCGGGUGUCAUUGGCGUACGAGCCGCAAUGGAGUUAGAACGUCUGGUGUUCUCCUAGUCGACAUUUAAUGAAUAUCGCGCUGUGAAAUAAAUAUUCCGGCAGAAAAAAUUAGUGAGAUUCUGUCAACAACGGUAUGGCUGCGGACUCGCGUGCUGCUGGAAAUGCCAAGCCUUUGGUUCCACUUUUCACAAAGGCCUCUGACUGCAUUUAUACGAGCUGUUAUUGUGAAGAAAAUGUCUGGAAAUUGUGCCAAGACGUCGCAGCGAGACAUGGGCCUGAGCUGCAGCAUUGCUAUGUUGCUUUUAUAAGUAAUCCCGGUCGAAGUGUCCCUUUAUGGAGACAAAAAGCUGGAAAAGACGAAGACAAGCUUGUUGUUUGGGAUUAUCAUGCCAUUCUAAUCUACGCACCAGACGAACGAGCUGUGGUAUAUGAUUUGGAUAGCGCUCUUCCAUAUCCAACUCACUUCUGGAAAUAUGCAACAGAAACGUUCCGAUCCGAUGAAGCUCUUCGCUCGGAAUAUCAUAGAAGAUUUAGACUCGUACCUGCUAGCACAUAUCUGCAACAUUUUGCUUCCGAUAGACAGCAUAUGAAAAGAGAAGAUGGAACAUGGAUUAAGACACCUCCAGAAUAUCCUCCAAUCUCAACCCCGACCUGCAAAGAUAAUCUUGACACUUUCAUCAACAUGGAACAAGGUACCGGGUUAGGUACGAUUCUGAGUCUUAAACAACUGGUGAAUAGGUUCUACAGACCUAGUGUUCCAACAACUUCUCCUUCCCCCCAACAGCAGGUGAACACUACACCAACCUAAAGAGAUUUUUUAUCAUGCAAAGUAUUUUACCUUUUGCCUUGAUGUGAAAUUGAAGGAUGAAAAUUAUCGGUGUUAUGAAGCGUCGUGAAUUCUACUAUUAAUAAUUGGGGAAUAUUAAUUGAAGAUCGAUUGAUAAUCGAAUUGUAGUUUUACCAACGCAAGCUUGUAUUUGAAGCGUGUUCUAAACUCCGUAACGCAAAGUUAUACAAGAAAUUUGAUUAAAACGAUAUUCAGAUCAAUUACACGCCUUAAAAAAAAAGCCUUUUUUUCAACAACGUUUGCUCCUUUGCCGUUGUAUUCGUUCAGUUAAAACAGCUGCUCCGUAAAAUACAAUUUUGGGGCUUAUUAAUAAUGUUAUUUAACGAGUAUUUAAAUAACGAUAAAGCUCUCUGUUCUAACUACGUGUAUGAAUAUACAUCAAAGAUUCAUUUAAUCUUAUACAUUCAUUGCUUAUCAAUAAACUGGUAGAUUGUUCGCAAACUUAUCAGAAUCAUUCUAGAAAUAAUGAUUCUGUAUUCGAUUCCAUCUAUAUGCCUAUAAAAAAAACGAAUUACACCCAAAAAAAUUGUAACAACACGGUGCUCAUUGGCUAAACUUUUCGAUAAUUCAACACUUAAAAAUAUUCGCAAACAAUUUUCCUCAUUCUGGUUAUGAUAAUUGUUGUAUGAAAGACUGAUAUGUCUCGAGACAGCUCGUAUAUUAUUACGUGUACUUGAAAUUCUCGAAAUUGCAUGCUUUUAUAUUUGUAAUAUCUAUUUGAAUGACUUGCAUUGAGGGUCUAUGAAAGAUAACUUCAAAAGUUUCCAGUUUUUCAAAAAUAUAGCACAAAACCGCAUAUCCCAAGAUGCAGCUCUUCCAAAUAGAGACUGUCUUUGAUUCUCUUGGAACACGGUAUGCUAUGCAUAUCGUUUUUUGGAGCACAGCCAAUGGAAGAUGACAUAAUUCGAAUAUUUCAUUACUUCCGUCAAUAGAAAACAAGGAAUACAUUAAUUUAUUUUAUCUUUUUUUUAUUAAAUGCACCACGCUGACCAAAGUUCACAAGCUGCCAAUAACUGUAAUAUUUUUUUCUCACUGAUUCAUAUCUGAGUUUUGAAAUUCAUGUCAAGUUUCAUAGGCUUUGCUCUUCCAAAUAUCUAAGAUGUAACGAUAUUGUGAUAUACAUAACUUUUUACUUUAAAUACCUUGAUAUACUUAAGUCCACGACUUAUAUUUAAAUCCGUUUUCAAUAACUACACUCGCUUGUUGGUGAGUAUAAUUAUUCAAUAAUAUUACGGAGCAUAUUCGAAUUGCUUAGAUUGAUAUUAGUUACUCGACAUAGUACUGUCGUUUUCAAAAUUACUGUUCAGAAUUUUACGAAACUUGGCAUGGUAGUAGAUUAUGAUAAAAACGAAAUCAGUUUCAAAUUACGAAGAGCUACAGAGAAACAGCGGAAAGAUAUUGUCCGUUGUGAUUAACAUCGAGGCACACGAGAAAUCACAGGUUUCAUUUUACAAUGAACUGCGAUAUGAAUUAAAACCCGUGAUUUCUCAUAAGGCUCAAUGCCAAUUCCAAAUGCCAAUUUUUUCUACUGGUUCUCUGUAGCUCUACACAAUUUGAAUGAGAUUUUAUUUUUACCAUAAUCUACAACUAUGCCGAAUUACAUUAAAUUCUGAACAGUCAUUCUAACACCGACAGUACUACCUUAAAAGAAAUGACCAAAACUGACAUCGAACUUUAUUAGGAAACAUUUAUCUAUAUUCAACGAAGUAUAUUUUUUAAACAGCUGCUAUAUGUAUACAACGAAAUGUUACGGAAUUACAAAAUAGAGAUCUAUGGUCCACGAAGUAAUACAGCCCCCUAGAUUCUCCUUCGAAGUAAUAUUUCAUAAGGAUUUGAUCUGCAAAACGUAAACUCUAAUUCUUUGCUAUAUCAAACUCUACCAACAAGCGAAUUGUCUGUAUUUAAGGUCAGUCUAUGACAUUGAGAUAAUAACGAUUUUUAAAAAUAGUUCUUGCUCUAAGCUGGCAAUUUCUGAAACGACUUAUCACGACGGAUCGAACUUGUCGUCCGCUCUGCCUUUCGGUAAUUCUUCUCUUAUUCACUCAUAUCCGGGACGAGAAAAUUAUCCGAUCAUCAUGGAUCACAUUGCUCGUUCCCAGAGUCUAGAUUUUAUAGAAUCUCUAUUGUAAUAUUAUACACAUAUCCCAUUAAUUCCCGUGUUCGCUUAGCCGUCUAACAAUUCUCUAGUCCUCUUUUUAACUUUGCUUUUUAUAUUCGUGCGGGAUACUGAAAUCGCACUUUUGAUAUUAUAACUCUACCUUUUCACUUUUUACUGAAAAAAAUAUAUUGAUACCUCGUGUUGAUAAGUGUUAAUAUGCGUAGACACCAACUUUCUAUACAAUCGUUGUAAUAAAAAAAAAAAAAAAUCUAAAUAGAUAAUUUAUGUGAUAAUUCUUUGGUAAUAAUAAUAUAUUACUCCACAUUGAUAAAGAAAUUUCUUUAAUUCAUUCGUUUACUAUAUUACUUACUUCUAUAUAAAUCUCUCACUGGAACAAAAAACAAAUAAAAAAAAGGGAUGCAAAAGAAAAAACCAAAAUAGACAAAAAUAGACAAAAAUAAAUAUAAAAAUAAAAUGAAAAAAACUCGGUGCCUACUAGAUCGUUAGUUUUUACAAAUACAUAUGAUAAUCAAAUAGAAUAUCCUUGUAUCUAACUUUUUGAUCAUGUAAUAAAUUAUACAUACCCGUUUGAUGAUUGCCAAAAUGGAUUUUUUGCUCAGUACAUACAUAAUAAUUAUUGAUUCCAUAUUGUCAACGGGUCUAAGAUUUUACAGCUGUAACUCGUGUAUUUUCCAUUAACUAGAACGAGUUCUUUUCGACGUUAUAUGUUAUAUUUAUGUUGUAGCAAUAUAUUACAUCAAAAUAUGAUCAUUCAUAUCGUGUGAAUUACAGUUUGAAAGAAAAAAAAAAAAAACUAUAAUAAUAAUAUGAAUACAGAGUGAGUUUUUCCAAACUCCAAGAUCGGGAGGAGCUUGAUUUGGCCGGUUCAUAUGUGUUCAACCUCGACUCAUCUUUCUCAUUCAUUGAGCAUGCUAUAUUUUUGAGUUUAUUUAUUUUUUUUAACUUUUCUCUUGCGUGGCACGUUGACUGGGCAAGAAAAUCCAAUGAGGUUUCUCCCCUUUCCCGAGUUUAGAAUGACUGACCCUAUAUAAAUACACACCCAUACAAACUCACGCACAUACACACACAGAUUUAUUGAUAUUUCAUAUUUAUAUUAUACAUCAAUAUAUUGAUUGUUCGAUUGAAUAAAGAAAACUGGAUAUUAAUUCUGGGUAUUUGUCAAUGCCUUGAAAAUGCGAUUCUACAAUUAAUUUAUUAUCCUAUGUGCUAUUCUAAUUAUUAUCAAUAAAUACGCAACGAAAUUUUGGCUUAUUGAAAAAAAGUAAUUGUAUUAAACUUGAAAAAAUAUAUGUAAAAUAUACUUACAGAGUUAGAAAUAAUAAUACAGCCUUGCUUACAAUUAUAUACUUAAAAUCGUUACGUUUAAUUCAAGUAUAUCUCUCAAAUAUUUAAAUAUCAAUUUAUACUAUUACUUUAUACGACAAUCAUAAUCUAUUGUUUACAAUCCCAACUCGGCCUCAUAUAGACAGGUAUUUUCGACGAAAUAAUUUUUUUUUUUUUUCUGCAUUACCUAAAAUUGAAAA